AUGGGGCUUGCUAAGAUGGGUUCUGAAAUAUCUCAUGUAAUCCAAACUUACAAGGAUCCUAGUUCCAUGCCUAAUAUAACAAAGCCAUCAGAUCGUGAUCCCUUGGCUGGGUUUCCUAACGGUCGCAAAAAGCGCAAACUUAUAGUUACUGAACAGGAAAUGAUCGCAGCCGGUCUGACGUCAAAGGAACGGGACUACUGCGCCCCUGUGCUAAUGGCUUGGCGAAAAUGCAAGGCCGAACGCACCAUUUUCUUUCCACUAUUCUGCAUGCACUUUCGCCACGCCUACCUCGAAUGUCAAACCAUAGAUCAAAUUAUGCGCAUGAAGGAGUACGAGAGAGAGUACCGGCUCAUGAAAAAAGAACAGUCUGCAGCGUAA